AUGCGGCUCAUACGCAACGUCCGCUACAGUCGGGUGGCCAUCCUGGCCGGGAUCAUGAUCCUCGGCCUGAUGGGCUUCCUCUUUUGGUCAUCGGCCCCGGGCCCCGGGAUGUCGGGCGGUGGCCUGGCCGAGUCGCCGCAUCUGAGCCAGCAGCGGCAACAGCCACCGGCGAAGUCGGGGCCGUCGCGCACCACCGGCGACGCCGAUGUCCUCCCCCCGGUGGUCGGGCGCCCGGGCGAGGUGGUCAACCGCAAGGGGCUGGUGCCGAAGCCGACGCCUCACCGGCCCUACGAUCCGUCCCUGCAGCCGGGCGUCCCACUCGGCGCGUGGUCCAAAUACCUUGAGGACCCGUACUACCACCUGCCGGUCCGGUCGAUCCCGGACACCCGGCCGCGCGGGUGCCCGCGCGAUGACGCGGUCUUCGCCUGGGCCGAUCACCCGGAGGCCGAUCUCAAGGGCGUCCCCUCGGUGUCGGUGAUCAUCUGCUUCCGCAAUGAGUCGGCCACCAUGCUCAGCGCCACGGUGGCCACGGUCCUCGAGCGGACCCCGGUGGCCCUGCUGGACCGAAUUGUGCUUGUUGAUGACAACGGCCCGGAGACCGGCUUCCGUGACGUGCCGAUUGGCGACGCCACCCCCGAGCAGUUGGAGCUCAUGGACCCCAGGUUGUAG